UUUUCCCAAGACAACUAGACUUGGAAAAUGGAGAUCAGCUCACCUGGAGAAGAAGGCCAUUGACUUGACUCGUGACUCGGGACUCGUGACCGACUUCUCGAUUAACAUCAAGAGCCGAAGUGACAGCAAGUGCGAUCUAGUCACCACUGUUCGGAGCCUCGGGUGCGAUGGCCGCCGGCGAUUCCUUGGCUGCCGCCGCCAAACUCAUCCGCCGCGCUGCUAACACCAUCUCCUCCACCGCCGACCUCCUCAUCGACCGCCAUGUCUUCUUCGAUAUUUCCUCCUGCCUCCGCCGCACCCUUCACAUCCUUAGUGAGCUGGACGAUAAAGUUCAUUCCGCCUCCGUAUCCCCCCUCGCCGCCGCGCUUGAUGCCCUCUCUGAAGCCGCCGACGUAACCGCCGCAGAGGCUUCGACCUCUAUCCAUUCCGAAAGCUCCCACCAUAGUCGACUAUAUCUGGUCAUCAACUCCCGCCAGAGCUCCCGAUGCUUUUCAUACGCCAUCCGCGACAUCUGCGAGGCACUUUCUCUCCUCCCUCUCUCCUCCUCGGGCCUAGAUGAGGUCGAGGCGAUUCGAGAACGCCUUAUCGCCGUCGAGUUUCGCGCUUCCUCCGCUGUCGAGGAGACCUUGGACAAGAUUGAGUCCGCUGUAGGCGACCGGGUUUCCGAUUGCUCUUAUGCUGAUCACCUCCUCAGUUUCGUAGCUGAUGCUGCUGGCGUCUCCCACGACCCGAUGACUCUUCGAGAAGAGCUUGACAAGCUGCGGGCAGAGGUCGCCGAGAACAGGGAAAGAAAAGGCAUUACCGAAGCUGUGCAGAUCGAUCGGAUUGUCUCCUUCCUCUCCAUUUCACAUACGGUUUCGUCGUUUCGGGAGAGGGAGGAGAGGUAUCUUAGCAUAAGGAAUCGUUUGGGAAAUGAGCUGUUGCAGCCGCUCCAAGCCUUUAUUUGCCCCAUUACCGGGGAUGUCAUGGAUGACCCAGUGGAGACAUGUUUAGGGCACACUUUUGAGAAGAGCGCCAUUGAGAAGUGGUUUGCGGAGGGUAACAGCACUUGUCCUCUGACCAUGACGCCGAUGAGUGUUGGCGAUCUGCGGCCCAACUAUACUCUGAAGAAAUCCAUUGAGGAGUGGAAAGAAAGAAAUAGAAUAAUCUCUAUUGGUAAACUCAAAGCUAAGUUUGACUCUAAUGAUGAGCAGGAAGUGCUCCGUUGUCUUGGCCGGCUGGAGGAGUUAUACAAAGAGGACUCUCAUCGCGACUGGAUUGUUUUUGAGAACUACCUGCCUGUUCUUGUUGGGUUGCUUGAAAGAAAGAGUUUGGAGAUCAGGUGUCGAGCUCUGUUUGUCUUAUAUAUUCUUGCUAAGGACAAUGAGUAUACAAAGCAGGAGCAACUAGCCGGUGUCAAUAAGUUAAUUGAAUUCAUUGUAAUGUCCCUCGGACGACGUAGUGAGGAACGUAAAAUGGCCGUGGCACUUUUGCUAGAGCUGUCGAGUAUUGAGAUGAUUUGCAGUAAGAUUGGCAGGGUACGGGGCUGCAUUUUUCUUUUGGUGACUACUACAAAUGAUGGUAAUCAAGCUGCAACUGAUGCGAUGCAACUACUAGAGAAGCUUUCUUAUCUUGAUGAAAAUGUUGUGAAAAUGGCAAAGGCAAACUAUUUUAAGCCGCUAUUGCAACGCCUUAGAUCAGGAAAUGAUGAUGUGAAAAAGAUCAUGGUGACAACCUUAGCUGAAAUUGAACUGCCUGAUCAAAGUAAAGCUGGUCUAUUUAGAGAUGGCGCACUCGACGUCCUUCUUUAUCUGGUUAAACAUAGUGAUCCAGAUAUUAGAGCAAUGGCUGUUAAGUCACUGCAGAGUCUUUCAAACUUACCUGAAAAUGGUGUGAAGAUGAUGAGAGAAGGUGCACUAUCUCCACUUAUUGACCUUUUAUGUCACCAGCACUUUAAUGCAUCAAAUAUAUUAAGCGAACAAGCAGCCUCUACAAUUAUGAACAUUGUUUCGUCGGCUGUGGAUUGGGAAGACGAAGAAUCUUUAAUAUUUCUGAAAUCGGAUGAUGAAAUAUUCGCGCUCUUCUCUUUAGUUAACUUGACAUGCCCAACCAUUCAACAAUGUCUUCUUCAAACUUUCUAUUCCCUAUGCCAUAUACCUUCAGCUGAAGAUAUAAAAGAUAAGCUCAAACAGGUCAGUAAUCAAGUAUGCCAUUAUUUACACAGCCAUAGGGUGCAAAAAUUUUUAUUUUUAUUUUUUGGGGCGGGGACAUACAAUUAAAGAAGAAUUGUGUGCUAUG